ACUACAGACUAAGAGAAAGGUCAAUACAGGAAGAACUAAAUGCGUUGUUUUACAAGCCAGAUUAGACAAACUUCUUCAAAGUUUUUAGGAUGUAUCUCGCCGCUCUUGUCAUCCUGGAUAUACACAGUCUGUCCCCAUUUCAGUCGACUAUGGAGACGCACCGGAAACUGGACUUCACAUCCAUCGCCAAGUUUGUCGUGCACUCGGUGCCAAUCAGUGGUGAAGAAUUUGUUGUCGAAGUCUUGAUGAUUGUAUAGUCAACCGGGUCCAUGUGGGUAAUCGCUGCCUUUGUUUUUGAACAGGAAUUCAAAGACGUCUGUGCGAAAGUUCACGCUUAUAUUGCACCCCCUGUUUAUACCAUCUUCAAGCUUUUGUUGACAGCGGC